UGUAAGUUGAAACAAUGCAUCGUUUCCCAGCCUUAACCUACAAGUUCCAUCUUGGGGAUAAAAAGAUAAGGAUAGACCCACAUACUUUGGAAAUUCUUAUGACCAUGAAAGGAAAAUAAAGUGGGAUGUUCCCUGGCACCUUCUGUGUAUAAAUAGAGUAGUGGAUGCAACACACACCACUGCAAAUACAACAAGAACAACACACUGCGUCCUUUGUGUUUAUCCAAUGGCCCCGUCCAAGCCUAACGAUGUUGCAAUAGAUAUGCCGAGGGGUGACCAACUUGAGGAGCAUCAAGAAGUUAAACCGAAGCCAGAACCAUGCGAGGAGUUGAAGACUAUCUUCAAGUAUAAGGCUCAAACAGGAACAGGUACAUCAUCAGGAGCAGAAGCAAGACCUCUCAUACAGAAGGUUCCAAGAAUUCUGAGAGGGAAUGAAAAUAACAAGUAUAACUUUGAUCCAAGACUGGUCUCCAUUGGUCCAUACCACUACGGAGACCCAAAACUUGAGCUGGGGCAGACCCUCAAGAUUAAACUAGUGCAACAAUUCUCCUCCUAUGUACAGAAUAACAAGUCCCAGAAAUGGAAAAGCCUUGAAGCUUAUUUCAAAUCAGGUCACUUCGAUAAGGUUGCCAGUGACACAAGAGAAUUUUAUGCCAAUGAUUCAAAAUUAGAUGCGUUCAAUGAGGAAGCAUUCAAGUGCUUGAUGUUCUUAGAUGGUUGCUUUAUGGUGUAUUUUAUUCACUGCAUUGUGAACAAGUGCGACAAUGUGAGAAUAAAGAAUGAUCACAAAGCAAUCAUAACAAUGGACUUGUUCUUGCUCGAGAAUCAACUCCCAUAUAAAGUUCUCAAAGCAUUGAGAGCUGAGUUCAUGCCCCUUGUUGAUAACGCAGUAGAUGAUGAUACCAAGUUCAUCAAAAUGCAGACUGGAGCCAAAGGCAGUGAACCCAGGGUGUUCAAAGUGUAUGAAUGUAUUGCAAACUGUCUGUGUCGUAAACCUAAAAAGACCACAACCAAAUCGGGAGGCUCUUCUUCAAAUGAACCAUUUCAUCUUCUCGACUUUCUCCGGAACGAAUUCCUUGGUACUGAAACAUCUGAUGAGACUCAACAAAAAACUGAAGGCAACACCGAAUGGCAGUCUUUCCGAUCUGUUGAAGAGCUCAAAUCUGCAGGGAUCAAUUGCAUGACCAGCGGCUCAUCAUCUGUGAAGGAAAUCAAAUUCAAACCAUUCGAAAGUCUUAUGCAUAUACGACUAUAUCUACCGGCCAUUGUCAUUGAUGAAACCUUUAAGACUAAAUGGUUAAACUUGGCUGCCUAUGAAGCAUGUCCUGAUUUCUUUAACGAUGGUGAAAUUUCCUCCUUCAUAUGUUUCAUGGAUUCACUCAUCGAUCGUCCUGAAGAUGUGAAAGAGCUUCGAGAGCGAGGUGUACUUCAAAAUUUCCUAGGCAGUGAUCAACAUGUAGCUGAGCUUUUCAAUGAAUUGGCCUCUGACUUGACACCAAACCCUAAUGAGUAUCGACAAGUUAAGCAUGACAUUCAGAAGCAUUUCAACAAGACGUGGGUUGUUUGGUUUACUGAGGUACUUCACACAUAUUUCAGUAGUCCAUGGAGUUCUUUUGCAUUCUUAGCUGCUGUAUUAGCCCUCGUCCUUACCGCCGUUCAGACCCACUAUGCAAUCCACCCUAAGAAGUAAGGGCCGUUUGAUUUUGUUUCUAGAAACAUUUCUUUCCCUUUUUUUGUGCUCAGAAAUGGAAAAGA